CGGGGGCUCCGUGUGGGGGAGCGCUCACUGUCCCUGUGCCCCUGCCCAGGCUGGGGCAGGCAUGGUGGGUUACGAUCCCGAAUCCAAGUGCGUGUCCGCGGCGGAAGCGGCUGCAGCGGGAUCAGCGUCUGGCUUGGUCACUCGAGUCCUUGUCAGCCCCCUGGAUGUCCUCAAGAUCCGCUUUCAGCUCCAGAUUGAGCAACUCUCCUCCAGAAACCCCACGGCCAAGUACCACGGCAUUCUGCAAGCCGUGCAGCGCAUCUUCCGGGAGGAGGGCUUGACAGCCUUCUGGAAGGGCCAUGUUCCUGCUCAGUUCCUUUCCGUCGGCUUCGGAGCUGUGCAGUUCAUGGCGUUCGAGAGCCUGACGGAGCUGGUGCACAACGUCACCUCCUUCGAUGCCCGCCACUCCUUCGUGCACCUGGUGUGCGGGGGUCUGGCUGCCUGCACGGCCACGGUCACAGUCCAGCCCGUGGACACGCUGCGCACCCGCUUUGCUGCCCAGGGUGAGCCAAAGAUCUACCCCAACCUUCGCCAUGCAGUGGUGACUAUGUACCAGACAGAAGGGCCUCAGACUUUCUACAGAGGUUUGACCCCCACACUCGUUGCUAUCUUCCCAUACGCUGGUCUCCAGUUCUUCUUUUACAACAUCCUGCAGCAGUUUUCCAAAUGGGUGAUUCCAGCUGAAGCAAAGAAUGGAGCCAGCAUUAAAGACCUUCUCUGUGGCAGCUGUGCUGGAGUCAUCAGCAAAAGCCUCACAUACCCUUUGGAUGUGGUCAAAAAGCGACUGCAAGUGGGUGGCUUUGAGCACGCUCGGGCAGCCUUUGGGCAGGUAAGGACGUAUGGGGGUUUCCUGGACUGCAUGAGGCAGAUCAUGCGAGAGGAGGGCCCAGGUGGGUUCUUCAAGGGCCUCUCUCCCAGCCUGCUGAAGGCUGCCUUCUCCACCGGCCUCAUCUUCUUUUGGUACGAACUGUUCUGCGGCCUCCUGUGCGCCCUGAAGAGCCCUGAGGGCACAGAGAGGAAGGAAGGCUGAAAGGGAUGUGUGUGGCUGCCUGCUGUUCUCCUCAGGAGGGGAGGCUGAUGGCCCUGCUCUGUUGGAAACAUCCGAGAUCCCAGAGCUCCCCCAGCCUGUGGGGAAUCACCUCCUGGGACCAAGAAGAAGGAGAAGGUGACUGCAGUUCUGCUGGAGAAACUGAACUGCUCAGCUGGAAGCCGUUUAACAGAGCACUUUUCCUCUGUGUCCUCUCAUAUCAGUGCACAUUUAGUGGGGAGAAGGGGAACCAAAAGACCACUACCUAGCAAUGCCUGUGCUCUGGAGAGGAACCCAAUAAAGUGGGUGCAUCCCUGAGCUCGCCCUGGAUCCCAGAGAGGGGAUUCUGGCCCAGCCUAGUGCUGCUUAACCAACCAAACACCACUUCCUAGCACUGCAUGUGCACAGCUUUAUUUCCUUGCUCUGUGCCUGCUGUUUGCACCAGAUUCUUGUCUCAGGGUUGCACAGGUUGCUCUGUCCUGCUGGUGUGAAGUCAGGUAAAGCCACGUUAGUGCACAGACCCUCACUUUUCCUUCCUUUGCUGCCAGCUGCUGCUUCUUGGUCACCACUUGCUAGCUGAGCAUCCUCUGUCAUCUUACACACAGCAUCUUCUCUGAUCAUGCUGGACCAGACUUGUUCUUCCUUUAACUCCAGUGAGCUUGACUGUAUGCUGAAUUCCCAUUUCUCUUCCUGGGUGUCUGGCCAUACAUCUCUUAGGGAUUUGCAGUGCCUCACUCACACUUUUUACAAGCAAGCCUGCAUAUUAAGAGCCCCAUUCUGGGGGGAUUAAACGCACAAACCCAGUUUUUACUUUAGGGUUCUUUGCUUCAAAGCAGUGAGUAAACAAAUGCUGUAUAGAGUUAAGAAAUAAUUAUUCUAAGCUGGAAUAAUGAAGGGAAAGUCCUGUGGAAAGUAAUAGUUUUUUAAUCAUUAUUUAUUUAAUAGUACCUUUGAAUGUGUCUAACAAAUAUCUCUGUAGUGGCCUCAAAAUAUUUCAGAACCUCAGUCCUGCACUGGUGCUAGCAGAUGAAAAUGUUUUCACAAGAUUUGCUGAAGUGAAAGGAAAGAACAUCAAAUGGCAA